AUGAAUGAUCUACCAUAUGUGGAGAGAUUGAUGAAGAGGUUGAUCGAGUCACCUGAUAAUGAUACGUGUACAUUAAUAGAAACACCUCGCGAGAUAGCUCAACCAUUCUACCAAACAUCAAAGGAGGUCUUGGAUCGUAUGCUGCAGCUUCAGAAACUGGGACAGAGAGUAGACAACACAGAUAAGAUAAUAUUCGCGAUAUCAUACUACACGAUGGCAUUGCAGUGUUAUGAUCAACAUUUGAGCAUGCUACGACAACAACCUUCUGCAACGUUCAAAAAUAUCACUUGGCUGGCAGCGUGCAUUGCCGAGCCGCUGGCCGAGGCACUGUCCAAACAGAAUAGGAGUCCCGAAGUUGUGGCCGCAGGGCAGUUGGCAAACAACUUUGAUCCAACCGUACCAUUGUUGGCCCUCUUCAAUCUCGCUAAUGGAUUGGUUCAAUUGGGUGACGAGAAGCAAGCCAUUCAGAAAAUCAAGUACGCUCAUUCUGUUAUCAAAGAGACACAACAGGUUCACAAGCUCCCUCACUUUAAUUUGAUGUACACCAGACUUAUGAUGUGUGAGGAGUAUGACCGACGUACCAAUGUUCUCAUCAAAUCAAAGAUAGCCAAUGACAAGACAUUUGAGCAGUUCCCAAUCAAGAUGGUCUUUGAUGGCGUCGGACCGUGGUGUGGCAGGAAGAUGGUGGCGUCCAAAGACAUCUCCAAAGGCACUGUUAUCUUGAGGGUGGCUCCAUACGCAUCAACAUUAUACGACUCUAUGAAGGACUCACUUUGCUCCGUCUGCUUCCAAGACCUCAAAUACUGCAAAUCACAAGCUUGUCCAGAGUGCAAGCUCAAGUUCUGCGAGAUGUGUCACACCGAUAAUGUGAUCAAACAAGAGCAUGUCGUAACAUGUAAACUACUAUCAUCAGUACCAAUCAAAAAUGGAGCAGACAACAAGUGGACAGCCAAUACACGACUUGCCAUUCUCUGUUUGUUGCGAGCGAAACAGAAUAUGGAGGGCAAGGCCAACAAACAGAACACACCAUCUACAUGGCGCAAGGAUGGUCUGCCAUUCAUCUAUGACACAAUGGAGGACAUGCAUAAUGUAACAUUCAAAGAGGAAGCCAAUUCAAACAAUGAGGAGGAGGCAGAAUCCAUCAGAAUGGUCAAGACAAUCAAGGAUCAUAUGUUGCGUGUGAAAGGGGCAAAGUUCAUGAAUCUACUCAAUAAUAUACCAGAGAUCUACAUCACCGUCUUGAAGAGACUGCCGCCCAAUACCCAAGUCCUGAACGAUGUAGUCACCGAUAUUGGGGUGGGUAUUGGUGUGUUCCCAAGUGCGGCACUCAUCAAUCACGCGUGUCUGGCCAACACCUACUCAUACAUGGACAACUAUGGCAUGCUGGUCUAUCGCAGCAACCAGGACAUCAAGGCUGGCGAUGAGAUCACCAAUAUUGGCAUAACCGAAACUCUUAAUAGUUUGGAGACUAGACGUGGCACGGUGCUCCAGAAAUUCAAUGUAUAUUGCCAGUGCAAGCGAUGCAUCGCGACGGACAGCACAGAGAAUCAAUGUCCAAAGUGUGGCCAAGCACUGGGCAAGGAUAACCUCAGGACUUGGGAGCCACAGCCAUCAAUCGACUUUGAUGGACAGGUCUACGUGUGCAACAAGGGCCACGCCACAAUGGCAUCAAUCUACAAGACAUUGGUGAAUGAGUGUAGCCACUCCAUUCCUCUUUCCAUUAUGGCUCGGUACUACCAGCCCAACAGUGACAUAUGGUACAGAUAUCAUUUAAAAUGCGCUCUCAAUCAUAUGGAGUUGAAAGAGAAUGACAAGGCUCUCGAGAAAUACAAGCUUGUUAGGCAGCACCUUGAGACCGUAUAUAGCCCCAAUGUCAAAGACCUCAUGCCAAUGGUCUUUAUAGGAAUCUACACCACAUUUUUAAGCAUGGCUCUAAAAGAAGAUAAUAAUCAGAAUGCAAUUGACAUUAUCGAUCAACUUCAUCAACAUCUAGAGGACAACUUCCAUCUGUCCACUCAUUAUUAUGGACAAAAGAAGUUUGAGUCAACAAUGCUGAGUAUAAAACAAACUCUGUCAUCAAUAAUACAUUAA